UCAGCAAGAUUAAUAUAAAUAUGUAUAUAUAAAAUAUGUGUGUGUGUGUAUAUAUACAUAUAUCUUGUAUGUACUGGCUUAAAACUGUAAAGCAAAGUGAUUUCAUUUUUAGGAUUAAAAGAAAGUGUCUGUGUAGGUGUGUAUGUAUAUAUGACUGAGAAAAUGUUCAUGUGGAAACACCACUCCUCAAAAGAACACGAAUUUCAGUAUCACAGGUCUGAUUAUGAUACUUCAAUGUUGCUUCUCUAUGUGGGCAUAUAUGAAGGUGAUUAGUCAAGGUCCCACUGGCAAACUUUUGCUGUCCUGCUGCAGAAACUGGGGUGGGUGUGUGCCUGCACAGGCCAUUUGGUUGAUUUUUUUUUUUGUUGUCAUUCAUUUUUCUCUAUGCAACUUGCAACUAAUGUUUUACCCAGGAUUGGGUUGAACCUGUGCAUAAUUCAUACUAGUUUGUUUCAGGCUAACUUUAUGGUAUAUUACAUGUCAAUGAGAGUCAGCAGAAGGAAAUGAGUUUGCCUUUUCAUAUGUGAAUUGUGGGAAGAAUUGUCUGUAUCAUGUGUUUGAUGGCAGUGUGUGAAGUGCUAGCGGUGGAAUUGUUUUUUUGGAAGAGGAGGGUGGUUUUGGACUAGCAACAGACGUUUUUGGCUGGAGAAGUAGCAACUUGAAACUUCAUUUACUGAAGAAACCUGUUCACAAUUUUGUCUGUUUUGUUUUUUGUUUUUUUUUUCCCCAGCGUUCCUGAAAUAAACUUCCUGCAAUUCUUUGCAGUGUGCAGGUGUCCAGACUCCCCUUUACUCAUGGUCGCCUGUGCAGCCUGUCAGGCGACUGAAGGCUGUACCUAAAAUUCUGCCGGCAGUGCAGCACACACUGCAAUGGUCUUGAUAUAGUUACGGUGGACACCUUGUACAGCUACGGGCUGUAGCAUCCCUUCCCAGUCCGAACGACUGAGUAUUGAGUUCCAGGAGUCUACACGUGUGGAGUACUGCCUGGACUAGAAAGAGAAAAGCUGCAGAGAUUGUAAGCUGCUGCUUGAUCCGUGUGGCUGUUGUGCCGAAGAGCAUCAAAACUUGCUGGAUGGAUCCGACAGCUCGUUGCAGAGUAGAGGUGCUAGAGGGUGCUGCUGAAGAAGAGGCUGAAGAGCCAGACGCUACUAUACAUACUACACUAAGUGAGGAGACCAGCAACCAAGGAGAGAGCCACAGUCAAUCAGGGGAUAAAAAUGAAGUUCCAGAGAAGCAGCUGGAAAGCUUAAGCAGCUACCAGGUAUCACCAAGCUCACCAAAUAGUUUGGACGGAGCAGACUUGUCCUCCAUUGACGCCAUGAUGUCAGCAGUGAUGAAUGUGGGGAAGAUUGCUGAAAAUGGCGGGAGCUCUCAAAAUGUCAAAUCCCCCUCAAAGUCUCCUGCACCCAAUCGGAUUGGCAGGAGAAACCAGGAAACAAAAGAAGAGAAGUCUUCCUAUACGUGUCCUCUGUGUGAAAAGAUUUGCACUACACAGCACCAGCUAACUAUGCACAUUCGUCAGCAUAACACUGACACUGGAGGGACAGACCAUUCCUGCAGCAUCUGUGGAAAGUCUCUGAGCUCAGCGAGCUCCCUUGAUCGCCACAUGCUGGUGCACUCAGGUGAAAGGCCUUAUAAAUGUUCAGUAUGUGGACAGUCCUUCACCACCAAUGGAAACAUGCACAGGCACAUGAAGAUUCAUGAGAAGGAUCCGAACAGCACAGCGACCACAACUCCCCCGUCACCGCUGAAGCGCAGGCGAUUGUCUUCGAAACGGAAGUUUUGUCACGAUGCUGAAAUGGACAGAGAGGAGAGGAUACCUGCGAAAAAGGUUGUCGAGGAUGGUCACUCCGGUGAAGGGGAUAAGAAGGCUGAGGAGGAAGUUUAUCAUUGUCCAGUGUGUUUCAAAGACUUUUUUUGCAAGUAUGGGUUGGAGUCCCACAUGGAGACACAUCCAGAUAAUUCACUGAGGUGUGACAUCUGUUGUAUUACCUUUCGUACUCAUCGGGGCUUACUGCGCCAUAAUGCAGUUAUCCACAAGCAGCUUCCCAGAGAUCCCAUGGGAAAGCCUUUCAUUCAGAACAACCCUUCAAUUCCAGCAGGCUUCCAUGACUUGGGAUUCACGGACUUCUCCUGUAGGAAGUUCCCCCGCAUUUCUCAGGUCUGGUGUGAAACAAAUUUGCGAAGGUGCAUCAGUGACUUCCAUCGAUUUAUUUGUGAGAUGUGUAACAAGGCAUUCCCCAUGCUUUCGGCCCUCAAACUGCACACAGAAACUCACCUGUUGGAUCAGGGAAAAGACAAGCACAAGCAACAGUCCGCGAUCCCACCCGGCGAGAACCCAGACCAGAAAGCCUUCAUGGCAUCGUUGGGCCUACAGUACACCAAAGACAUCAAGCCUGUCAAGCAGGAGGACAAUACGCAAGAUGAGGUCCAAGAAAUGCGGCUCAGAGCACUGAAGAGUAACCUACCUCAGGAACCCGGCAGCACCGGUCUGCUCAGCCUCUCUCCUCUGGAAGCUGCCUCUAUGGGAGGGUCAUUUUCAGUCCUUCCCCCUACAAAAGAAAACAUAAAGCUUCUCUCGCUGCAGCCUUUCCAGAAGGGUUUUAUCAUCCAGCCUGACAGCAGUAUUGUGGUAAAACCCAUCUCCAAUGAGUCUGCCAUUGAACUGGCAGACAUUCAGCAGAUCUUGAAGAUGGCUUCUUCCGCUCCUCCUCAGAUCAGUCUUCCUCCCCUUUCUAAGGCACCUUCUGUCCCUGUGCAGUCCAUUUUCAAGCAUAUGCCACCGCUGAAGCCAAAGCCUUUGGUAACACCCCGAACAGUCGUUGCAACCUCUACACCUCCUCCUCUUAUCAGUGCCCAGCAAGCCUCCCCUGGCUGCAUCAGCCCGAGCCUCCCACCUCCCCCUCUGAGGCUGAUCAAGAACUCAGUGGAGUCCUCCUCCAACUCUCACCUCUCCCAGCCAGGAGCCAAAUCGAGCCCUUCCUCUCAGUUGCUCCUCCAACCCAAAGUAGAGCCUUUAACUCAGCAUGAGAUGAAGACACAACUGGAGCAGGACAGCAUCAUCGAAGCUCUCCUGCCUCUGAGUAUGGAAGCCAAGAUCAAGCAAGAGGUCACAGAAGGAGACCUCAAAGCCAUCAUCGCAGGGGCAGCGAACAAGAAAGCCCCAACCAUGAGGAAAGUUUUGUACCCCUGCCGUUUCUGUGACCAGGUGUUUGCCUUCUCUGGUGUCCUGAGAGCUCACAUCCGUUCUCACUUGGGUAUUUCCCCAUACCAAUGCAACAUCUGUGACUACAUUGCAGCUGACAAGGCAGCGCUGAUCCGGCACCUGCGGACGCACAGCGGGGAGAGGCCUUACAUCUGUAAAAUCUGCCACUACCCGUUCACAGUGAAAGCCAAUUGUGAGAGGCACCUGCGAAAGAAGCACUUCAAAGUGACCAGGAAGGACAUAGAGAAGAACAUUGAGUAUGUCACCAGCAAUGCUGCAGAGAUGGUGGAUGCCUUCUGCUCCCCAGACACUGUGUGCAAGCUGUGCGGUGAGGACCUGAAGCAUUACCGGGCCCUCCGCAUUCACAUGAGGACGCACAGCGGUUGCCAGAAGAAGAAGCCGUUUGAGUGCAAGGAGUGUGGCACAGCCUUUUCAGCCAAGAGAAACUGCAUUCACCACAUCCUCAAGCAGCACUUGCAUGUGCAAGAAAGGGAGAUUGAGAAUUACAUCUUAGCAGUGGACUGCAGUGCCCAGGCAAGCCAGACAGACCCUUCUUUAUUGGAGGACAGCACUUACAUGGACCACAAGCCCAUGACGCCUUUCCUGGAGCCACAGAAUGGCUUCUUGCUUGGGACAUCAUCUCAUGUUCCCAUCAAACUUGAACCUGCAGGCAACUUCCCAAUGGAUUUUGAUGAGCCAUUGGAUUUCUCUCAGAAGAACAGAAGCCUGAGUGCUGUGCAAGUGAAGCAGGAGAACCUGUUUGGCUCUUCUCCCGUGUCCUUCUACGACUGUUCCAUGGAGCCUAUUGACCUGUCCAUCCCUAAAGCCCUGAAGAAGGAUAAAGAUGAUGUCCCAUAUGAAGCUAGGAGUCAAGAGUUGGCUGCUUCUGGGAACAGUGAUAAAGCCUAUAACUGUCUGCAGUGUCCUUUGGUUUUUGGUGCCAAUGGGAACUCAGAGAAAAACAGGGGUGUCAGACAUACCCAGCCACUGAAAGGUUCAUUGCAUUUGACUGUCCCAAUCAUUUCCCCGGCUCUCCUUGGCAAUUCUGCCUUGCUGAGACCCUUGAGGCCUAAACCACCACCGCCACCUCUCUUGCCAAAGCCUCCAGUAACUAAAGAGCUGCCACCGCUAGCUUCCAUUGCACAGAUCAUUUCAUCUGUGUCUUCUGCUCCCGCUUUGCUGAAAACGGAGGCUGCAGACACCAGUCCCAAGGCAGUGAGCAGCUCCACUGGGUGUGACAAAUCAGGGAACGCCAAAGCAAAAGUGACAAUCGUGACCACCGUGCAGAGAGACUCCAACCUGCCCAGUGACCUGGCUCAGGCAUGUGAUCCAGAGCCGUCUCCCGCUGCCGAACCUGUGUUGACUAAGAGAAGAGGUAGAAAGAAAGGAACAAAAAAUAAGCCUAAAUUUAGCAGUGGUCUGGAUCUGGAGUCAAGUGGGGAAUUUGCCAGCAUAGAGAAGAUGCUGGCUACCACAGACACUAAUAAAUUUAGCCCGUUUCUGCAGUCCACUGACAAUUUCAAGGAAGAAAGUGGCAGAAAUGGAACAAGUGAGGAUGAGAAGGAAACUGCUGAAGAUAAGCUGCUGAGAGGGAAGAGGAAUGCUUACUCAGACUGCCUGCAAAAUAUCCCCUGUCCUUACUGUCCUCAAGUCUUUCCAUGGGUAAAUUCCCUGCAGCGGCACAUACUCACUCAUACAGACAGCCAGUCUGAUGCGGAGACACUAGCUACAGGAAAUGAAGUCUUGGACCUGACCUCCUGCGAGAAGGAACAGCCAGAGGAAAUAACAGAGCUACCAGCGAGUGAGUGCGGCCCCAAGGAGCAAAAGGCUGACUCCCCUCCGGCAGAAGAGGAUGCCGAAAUAAAAGCGGAUGGAUAUGAAGAGGGCCCUGAGGAAGAUUCUGUAAGUAACAAAAGUCUUGACCUCAAUUUUGCCAGCAAAUUAAUGGACUUCAAGCUGGCAGAGAGUGACCAGAGUGCAGGCAGCAGUACUCAGACUGAAAGGAAACAUGCCUGUGACAUUUGUGGCAAAACCUUCAAGUUUGCUGGCACUCUUGGCCGUCACAAAAAGGUCCACAUUCGUGAGGACAGAAAGGAUGAAAGGAGCAGUGAGGAUGAAAGCAAAAGCAUUCAGGAUAAUGCAGGAGCUCCCUCGAUGCAGGACUCUGGUAUUGAGCAGGAAGAGUCUCCGAUGGACUUGAAGGUAGUGGAGUCUCCUGUGGACUAUGAGGCAACAGGAAAGGAAAAUGAAGAGAGCGAAAGCAUCUCUGAGGGGGAAGGCACAGAGAGAAAGUCCACUGAGAAGAGCAGUGAUGACAAAAAACCAAAGACUGAUGGGGCUAAGAUUACUGCAAAAGCAGACAAAAGAAAGAAAGUCUGUACUGUGUGCAACAAGCGUUUCUGGUCUCUGCAGGAUCUGACGCGACAUAUGCGGUCUCAUACAGGUGAGAGACCUUACAAGUGUCAAACCUGUGAACGGACCUUCACUCUGAAACACAGCCUGGUUCGCCACCAGCGCAUACACCAGAAAGUCAAAACCACCCGAAACCAUGGGAAGGAGAGCGACAAGGAGGAGACGCAGUCAAGGUGUGGAGAAGACAGCGAGAACGAGUCCAGCCACAGUGGUGCCAACCCCAUCUCAGAAAAUGAGUGCGACUCUGCAGGGGGCAUCGGUGGCCAAACGUCAUCCCUCAUGGGGAGCCGAAAAGAGUCCCUGGCCGGCACGGUCCCGGGCCUCUCCCCCAGCAGAGAGGAGAGGCCGAGCGGGCGAGGAGCCGGCACCUGCCUGGUGGAGCCCACCAAGAGCGCACAGAAACAGACCGCAAAAGAGCAGGAGCCUCGGGGCAGCUCGGAGCACGAGAGGCCCUCGGGUUUCAUUCAAGACUUGCUGGAGAUGCACAACAAAAAGUCUCCCAUGAAUCACAUCCUUGCCUCUGCAGACAGUGCGCCUCAGCUCCUGGGGGUCGAAUGACUUUGCUCGGAGGUUGGAGCCGUCCCGGCACGCCAGCCGAUGCCAGCAGAGCAAGGUUUCCUUGGAGUCCUGUUUCGGAAGAGCGACCUACAGCUGUGGGGAGAGUAUGGCAGACUGGAUGCGGUGCCAUAUGCCUUUCAGUAUAAUAAUGCAAGAGACUACAGUAUAUACUGAUUUGAGUGCCUUACUACUUUAUUAGAUCUUUUGGUAUUAUAGAUUUUUUCAAAAAUGAUUUUUUUUUUUUUUUUUUAAUAUUUUAAUGAAUUAUUUGGAGAGGACCUUUUUCAUUUAAGCAUUAAUGUUACCUUUUGUAUUGGUGUGCGUGAGCUUGUUCUUGUAUAUCUGUGAUAGUCGCUGUGUUUGUUCUCUGAGCUGGAAAUGGGGGCAGUGGGGUGGGAGGCCCUUGGAUACCACAGCCAAUAACUGGAAGAAAAAAAUAUGUGAAUUUCAUAUGAAAUAGUCAGAGGAAAUGCAGGCGAGAUGUUGAUGUAUUGUUUUUUCUCAGUAGAUGUUCUUGCAUUUGCCACACGGUGGAGCAUUAAGCCUGUUGCAGGCCUGAACAACGUGGCAGUCGAAGGUGUUCAAAGUGGUUCAAGCCAAAAGCAGGAAACACAACGAAUUUCAACCUCACGCUUGUUUCCACUUUUCAGCAUUAGAAAUGGUCUUCUGAAUCCUAGGGGGUUUUUCUGGCCGUCAUGGACUGAGCGUGUAUGCAGAGAAGAGUUACAUAGCAACGUAACCUAUGGAAAUUAUGCACCCGCUGUUAUAUAUGUUUGAUUUGCUUCAGUAUAUUAUUAUUAUUAUUUUAUUAUUAUUUUAUAAAUCCAUCAGUUCGCUUGUCUCUGCAGUCAGCAGAAACCAAUGGGCAAUAUUUGCCCCCGCAGACGUAUAACGCCGCUUUGGAUCCCCUCUCGAAAUGUUUUUGACUCGACGCUUUCACCAGCUCCUCUUCUUAUGUUGCAGCUCUUCUACUGUACUUUAAAUGAGACCCUUCCUCUGGCCGGAGAGUCAAACGGAGGCCGUUUGCGAGGUAUCACCACACCCGUACAGGCAGGGGAACAUCUCACUCGUGGUGGGGUGCGUGUGCGUGCAUGUGUGCGUGUGUGUCGGGGGGAGGCCCCUCCAAGUGCGUGAGGAAGGCACUGCGAGUGCUGAGGUUAAUCUUGUUGCCAUCACACCGGCGACAGCGCGCGUUACUUAAAAGAGCAAAGUUAUCCCGUCUUCCAGCCGAAAGCAAGCCAGGGAGAACUGCGAGCCUUACCGUCAUCUUGCUACUGUCAUGUUCUAGAGCAAGAAAAUACUACUGGUAAUAAAACUACAGAUAUAAGACAUGUUAAAAAUAAAUAAAAUAAAUUAAUAAAAAAUAAAUUCUUCCUGAGAUUUUGGGGUUGAUGCUUGAAGACUUGAGGUGUGUGUCUAAAUUUCAUAUCAAUAAUUUAACCCCUUUAAUGCUGGCAGCUGGAAUUCCUUCUCCCUAUGGCUCCUGUUGCCGGCAACAGGCGACGCUCCGGCCACCACUAUUGAAGGGGUUAAGCGAAAUGUAUCCUACUGUAGCUGCGCAUUUCUAGGAGUGCCCAGCGUUUUUUGUUGUUGUCCUUGUUGUUGUUGUCCUUGUUGUUGUUUGUUAAUUGUCCUUCAGUCAUGACCUCUGGGACAGACAGAGCCAUAAUAGCAUUGCCGGAGCCUCACUGUGCUAUUCCACCACUGCAGACCCCCAGCCCAGCCCAGCCCACACUGUGACCCCCUCUCCUUUCCCCCCCCUUGCAGAAUCGCUUUUCCUGCUCUCACAAGACAUGGAGGAAGUGGGCCUCGGACCCAGUCUAUAUUAUAUAAUAUAUAUAUAUAUCUAUAUAUAACUAUAUAUUAAAGAAUUCUCCGAAAAUUUCUGGAGACUGAAAUCUCACUGUCCAGAAUGCAAAGAAAGAGAAACGUUCUCGAGUAAUAUUCUUGCAAAUAGAAUAAGAAAAAAAAAAAAUGGUUGAGGUAUAUGAUGUGAUUUCUAUUUUUCUUUUUGUUGUUGUUUUGGUUUUUUUGGUUUUGUUUUUAAUAGGGAUGUUUGAACCAGUUCAGAAACGAAGCUAACGCCACAUAGAGAGAAAUCAGUCACAACCAAUGAUUCAUUUGAAACUCUACCCAGGUGCAUUCUACUUAAUUAAAACCAGUUCACACAUCCCUUAAAUUGUUAUUACUAUUAUAAUUAUAAUAAUAAUUAUUAUUUGGGGUAUUUUUUUUUUUGUUUUUGUCUAUAUUUUGUUUUGUUUUGGGUUUGUUUUUUGUUUUGGGUUGGUUUUUUUUUGCAACUCUCCACACUAAACUGCGCAAUACUGUGGGGGAGAAGCCAUUACUAAACUAUAUGCUGCAGAACGAUGUAGCAAGUAAUUAAUUCCCAGCAGCCUGCCGGGACAUCUGCUAGCAAUAAUCACUAUUGAUUUAAAGCUUUAUUUAGCCUUUAUCUAUAUCCUAGUAGAGUAUAAGGUCUUGCCACAUUUUAUUGACAUUUUUAUUAGUUGAGUUUGACUGAGAACCGUUGCUGUUGUUGGGGUUUUUUUUGUUUCCCCUCCUCCCCCAAUAUUAAACUGUGAAAUUUAUAAUGUGUUUAAACUAUGGGUGAAUCGUAGGCUUUAGUUUGCAUGUUCAGCUAAUUUGUCUCUAUACGAUUUUUGUUUGAAUCUUUUUAUUUUGGUUUUUUUUUUUUUGUUUUUUUUGUUUUGGUUUAUUUUUUUUUUCCUCUCUCAGGGCUUUUACAAAUAACAAAAAAAAAAGAAAGAAAAAAGGAUCUUCUGAAAUUCUUUUGCCUGAGUUGCAAUGGACUUCUUGACAUUGAGAGAUUCAAUCACUACAUUGAGCACUUGACUGUGAAAGCGCAAAAAAAAAACAUACAAAAAAAAAUAAACAAAGGAAAAAGACAAAAAAAAAAGAGAGAACUUUGUUUGAGGCUGUUGUGAAAUAACUUUUGGGGGCUACGUGACAGUCUGAUUCCAUUUUCAGAAUGAUUCGUCAUCUUCUCUCUCCUCUCUGUGUGUCUCCUUUCUCUCUCCUCUCUCUCUCUCCACGAAGGAAGUUUAAUCCUAGUGAUUUCAUCCCAUGCAGGAAACAGUAAUAAAUGUGUAGAAUUCAUAUUUUUCUAAAGGGAACUUAAACUGCUGCUACGAAUUGUGUACAAGACUGGUUUAUGCCACAUGAACAGAGAAUCACACAUUUGUUUUGGUACUUUUAUUCCUCUUUUUAUUCAGUUGUACAGUACUUCCAAAUUCAAAAUAAAAAGUAAAACUUGUUCUGUAUCAAACCAUCUAAGCAAUAAAAUGUUAUAUUUAAAAAUUAUAGGUUACAAAAUGGACGUGGCUCUUCUUGUGGGUUUGUUGUAACUUGCUCUGAGACUUCUUUGCUAGAGGACAACGCACAGAGCUUGUCUGUGCCGGUAGCAUCCCAGUUUCUCUUCCUAAGGCUGAACUGAGUUUGAAUUGGGGAUGAUCAGAGUACUUUGAAAAUGCACAUUCACUUUGACCCCCAUUUUGUGGUAGUCAGUCCCCUUUGAGACGGUGCUUUUCUCUUGGUGCAGGUCCUUAAUGUAGCAACCAGCAGGAAAGUGCUUUGGUGCUGGUUUUCCUGCCCAGGCAUUGGGUCAGGCUUCUCUUCCCUUGAGCCCCAUGAUCACAGAAGUGAGCGUUCUUCCAGCUCUGUGUGGUGAUUAACAGUGUUACCAGUCAUUUUCUGUGUAAAUUAAGUAGGUUUCUGCCAGCAUAGUUUUCUUCUUGCAUGAAUGUGUAUGGAUGUGAAAUCUUCACAAUGUAUUCAAGAGCUACAUGCAGGUAUCAAAAAAAGAGAGAAGUCCUUUGUUUUAGCUUGUCGGAGCUGCCUUAGCUGCAUUUUAUAUGCUUUCCUGUAAAUAAAACACAUUUCACAGGACCCUGAGCCAAAGAUGCAUCUGGUAUCCAGCUCUGGAGGGCAGGGAAUUGCAGCGAAGCUGAAGCAUCCGCAUCUUCCUAAGUCCUGGUGGGGUGGUUCUUUCUGGUAGAGAAAUGAACCAGAUUCAGAAUCAGAGACAUACUCAGGGAGUGAGUGCUGCUGCUUUCGCCCCUCGAGCCUCCUGGACCUUCGUGACACAGGUUACGAUUGCCCACAGCACUUUCUCUGGUGAGGAUCUGUUCCCCCACCACCAAGCAGAGACAGGUUAAAAGCAAAGCAGCCAGCCAGCUCUGCCCCAAACCGAGGGCGUCUGAUGAAGCGGGGCUCGGCGAACGAUCUCUGUGGGCUCAAGGGCUGGAAACAGGAUUUCUAAGGGAGGAAACCUGCAGAAAAUGAUUUUCUUCCCUCUCCCACCCCCUGGCCUGAGAAAUCUCCCCUCCUCCUGUGAGACUGACUGGGAACGUGCAUCCGAAGUGUGCGUGGACCUGUCAUGAGGUGUGGAAUCGAAUGGGAUGAGUUCACAUGACUAGGAAGUGAUAGUGACUGAUUACUUACGAAAUAGAUGAGUUAGCGCUUGGCCAUGGCAGGGUGUAAUCAGUGUCCCCAGCCCUUUGCUCCUUCUACCUCAAUUUAACUGUGACCAUUCCCGAGUUGGGAAUUUUCCUGCUGCUCUUGCCUUUGACAGGGUAACAUCCUGCACGGCAGCUGAACUUUGCUUCUUGUUGGCAUUUCUCUCUUCCUCCUCCUGCCUCUGUUCCUCCCCACACAGAGCUGGCCUGAAACAUCGGGUUAGCAGAGGGAUGGGGAGGUGGUGGUGGUGCCUCCCUGCGUCAUCUCCAACUUGCUGCUUCCCUGCCUCACUCCCUAACGCUUUUUUUCCCAUCUUUUCAAGGUGAAGCUGCAGGUUUAUUCUUGACAUGGGUGGAGAGAGUGGCACAGACCUGUGUUGUACAUCAGGUGUGGAGUCACCCCAGAGCAUUAAGGUUUGGGGAAGACCUAAGUCCUCGCAUCAGGAAGGCGUUUAUUUCCAGAAGUGUGGAGUAUUAACCUGUGGCCCAAGGGGAUGGGCAGGAGCACUGGUUUGAGAUAGCAGGCUUGGGUGAAAACUGGCUGUCCCAAAGCAGGAUGCGGAGCCCAGCUGGAGCAUCUUUUGCAUUUUUACUGCUACUGACAUGCAAACUGGUAAAGAGAAAGGAAUAGAAGUGUUUGUCUCCCAUUAUCCAGCUGUCACAAAGUACCCAGCAUUUGAGGGAUGGGAGGGCUGUAUGAUGAUUUGCUAUAAUACUAUUAACAUAGUGUUUUGCCCUGUAGUGUUGCAAAACAUCUUUCUCAAACAAAAUCAGGUCAUGAUUCCACUAGCAAAGGUGACAAGUUUACUUGAGACCUUUCUUUCUUGAUCAUAAGCCUCCGGUUUAAGGAAUGCCUUUUCUUUAGGAGUUUCUGUAGAGUUACGAGGGGAUUGAAAAUGUCACUUCUGGAAACUCUGGGGCUUGGGACUAUCUGCAAAAGGGAGAUGCCAGACCCCAGCACAGAGUAACUGGCACUUUCUGUAUGUCAAACAGUCCAAGAGAUACCAUCCUUCAUCAUCCACUCUGACAAUGCAGAAAAGGCUGGAGAAGCGCAUCAGACUGUUUGAUCAGGACAUCUCUAACUGCUGGACUGUGGGAAAAUGGGCCCCACUGGCACUUCCCAGACAUGUGUACCUGAGCAGCCAACACCAGGAGGGAAAGUGAGUGAAACCUGUACAGCACACCAGUGUCUGCUGGUGACGUGGGUCACUUGAGCUCUCCAGUACUUUCCCUCUCUGGAUCGUUUCCCCUCGGCCAUGCAGGGCAGAGGCUUGCUGCACCUGUGCUGUGACAGCUGAACGGGCAGUGAGGAAGAUGCUGGGUUUUGCUCUCCAAUCUAUUCAAAUAAGGGAACAGACACUUUUUGACCCUGAGGACUUUGACCCUGACCUCCUUCAUGCCAGAGCGGAGCUGAAUGUUUCACACAACCCAGCCCAAGGUUUGGGGAAAUGAAAUAUCCCUGAAGUGACAGGAGGUUCAGCACAGCCGGGGUUCCUGAGCCAGCAGCUCUGCUGAGGGGUCACACUCUGCUCCUAUGGUUUUGCAGCAGGAAAGACGUUUUGUCCAUGCAGCCCCCUCCCGAGCCUGAAGCGUGUCCUGCAGAUGCAGGGACCUGCACUCAGCGUUUGGUGC